AGAUGCGAUUGAAACCCGUUUAGUGGGCUGGGCAACUUUGACGUAGUAUAAAAGGCCGCUGGCCAUUGUCUCACUUCAAGUAGCUGCUCUAAAAUGCUGAAAUACACUCUUAUCUUUGCCCUGCUGGUGGUUUUGGCCAGCUGCAGUGAGGAGGACUUUCAGGCACAGCUCCUCAAGUCGGAGAACCGCCAAAACCUGGACGGAGCUGGGCAGUUCCAGUACGAAGCCUCUGUUAGCAAUGGCAUCCAGAUCAAAGCUCAAGGCAAUGUGAACGGCAUACAGGGCGAAUACUUUCUUCCCGGCGAAGAUGGCAAGCAGAUCCGGGUGACAUACAUCGCAGAUUCAACCGGCUUUCAUCCGAAGGUCGAGGAGUGAUCGCGUGAACUUGACUAUAUAAUAUAUAUAUUUAAAAAAUG